GGGACGGUGAGUUUGCGGUUGCAGCUGAGGUGUCGUUGGUUUGUGCUGGUGAGGUGCUCAGCCUCCAACAUGGUGGUGAUGCUCAAGCUACCCAAGGUCAGGUGCACCCUGAGGAAGGGCUGCAUUAUCAUAGGAGCCCUGUGGCUGGUAUUCUCUGUGCUGGUUAUUGUUGGAGCACUGCUGGCCGUGAGGAAGCUCGAGCAGAUCGAGAUCGAGGAGUACCAACACUACACUGGCACUGUUACCCCAGAACUGCGGGCAAAUAUAGACUUCGCGCUAGCAGGCUACAGAGCCUUCUUCUAUGUGGCCACCACCAUAGCAGUUAUGGACACCAUCUGUUCCACCAUGCUCAUCCUGGGGGUCUGCUGGAACCGGCCUCACCUGGUGCUGCCAUGGGUUAUGCAGCAGCUGGGGGUCCUGCCCAUCAGGGACUUGCUCGGGCUAGCAUUUGCAGUCCUGUGCUACAUGACUGGCCACCUGCCAACGGCCACCGUUACUAUCAUCGUGCUGGUGGUGCUCACAGGUACGACACUUUACUUCAUCCUGGUGGUGUAUGGCCUAUACAGGUACCUGAGGGGUAAGCAGGUGCCUACUCACCCCAUCCGAGCUAGAUGAAGAAACUAACAUCUCUACAGCUGCCAUAUCGUCGGCGCAGCAGCGAGAUAUUGCUACGAAUGUUUCCUGCUUCUUGGACCAAACAAGCACAUACUGGGAUGCUACACCCCGACGAUAACUGAGCUCCACAAUGAUGUCUUCUGUUCGAAAGCGUGGGCAACACACAGGCUGCUUAAGGAGGAGUACAGCAGGUCAUCUCAAGCUGUAUUAAGUCUGCAUUGACAAAUUAGUGUUUUAAUCUUAUGUGUUUUAUCAAUUAGAUUCUAACGUUAUCUUGGUGUACACUGUGACAUGCAUUAGAAGAAUACUUAUGUGCCAGACCGGUAUUUGGGCAUUCCGUCAUACAAUCAUACAGCAUAGAUGCAUAUCCGAAAGAAGAGACACCAUACCUAUAUUGUAUGUACACCCGACUGCAUAUCCAUGUUUCAGUGCAGAUGAACCAUAAUGUCCAACAUCCCGCAGGAAUACAGUAGGGCUGUGAGAGAAGAGGAAUAACGAAUGGACGGGAGACAAUUCUAUGUAGUGUGUGGGAUAUGGAGAUUUGGGUUGUACUGAAGAUGUGCACAGGUAAUGGAAGACGACCGGUCACGUAAAGCAGUAAACUUGGAUUCGAAUCCCAGUCUGACAUAAAUUUUCAUCUGUCGCCAUUGAGCUGUUUUAGUCCCCCACAGCAGUAAAAAGUCGGGAAUUUCUUUCAUGAAUUAUACACACUCUGUUUGUGCCACGAGUCAACAGGCCCCACUGUGCUAAUGUACGCACAGUUAUGAAUGAAGUUAUACAUAGAUUAAAAAAAAAAAAAACCUAGGUUCUAUGUUUACUAGAUUGACAUCAUUCUUAGUCAUCACAGAAAAUUUACACUUGACAGACACUACUGAUGUAGAUGUACACAGUGUGUAACUAAUCUUAUGUUUCUAUUCUAGUAUGGACAAAGUAAUCUUGCGUUAUCACCAUAUUAGUCUAUCACAUUAUUGCACCUGGGAAUUAUGGCACUCUGGUCAGCUUGUCUUUACAGUGUUAUUUCAUGAGGACGUAGUAAACCACUUGGUAAUAUAUGCACAGCUGUCUUGAAAUCAUUCACAGUGCAAUACAUUUCCUUUAGUCACCACAAUAUUUUUUUACUGUAACAGUAGCUCGUGUUUCCAAUAAUGGUCACGGAAGGCUAAGUGCAAUAAUAUCUUGGUCGGGUAGUCCCGUGGAUCAGCUGUCACUGAUAAUGGCCUGUAUGCUCAAAUACCUCUCUGGGAAGUAAAUGCUUUAAAAAUGUAGCUCUUGGAGUACAACUAAGUGUCCAUUACUAAAUACAUAUAAGCUGCUAUGUAGGACCUUUACAAUGUAAAUUUAGUGUACUCAUUCUCUAUGGGUUUGUAAUGAGCUAAUAUUUCAAAAGCUGCAGACUUUACAAUGUGGUACUCAAUACGUAUUUGAAAUAUAAACUGCAAUUAGCAAACACACAUUUGAAUGUUUAUAUAAGAUUAUGGAUUUGAGUUACAAUCAAGACUUGAAGCAGUGUGGAUUCAAUUGGAUAAGGUCAUGUUACAUCAAUGAAUGAAAUGAUAUUCCAUGGUCGUAAACUAAAACAGUGCAUGAAAGAUGAUUAGGAGUUUUCAAUGGGUGACAACUUCAACAGAUUUUUUUUGGUAACCUUUAACAGUGGUAAAUAUUCACAAAUUGUGAUAACAGCUUUAAUAAAGACAUGUUUGCCUACAGA